AUGGCCCUUUCCAGGUACCCUGUGGAAUCAGCCCUAAAGGCCAUUGGCGGAAUACUUCUAUUCAUCCUGCAAAUCACAUAUGGAGGGUACAAGUACCUAGUUUGCCCUGCGAGCAUACGGACUGGCCGCCUCGUUACGCAGCAUCUUAAUUCGUGGUCUCAUGCCACCAUGAACCUGGGGUUCAGCUUGUCUGGUAUCGUUGAGUUACUCGGUGCAUACGUCAAGUUCCCUGCUGGCACAAAUCUGGGCAUAUUAUCUGGAGCUUUCCUUAUUGAGGCCAUGCUUUUUAGUAUGCACGAGAAGAACGGACAUCUGGACCAGACGGUCCACUGGCUGCUGGCGCAGGCCUGCUGGGCUGGCGCAGUGUUUUCUGUGCUGGAAGCUGCCUUUCCAGAAAACUUCUUGCUUACGGCUGGACGCGCGGGCUCCAUGCUUAUCCAGGGCACGUGGUUCUGCCAAACGGCAGCGGUCUUGUUCGGAGGGAAGCUGAUUUGGAACGACAUGUUUACCUUCCCCGACAGCGCCUCGGCAAUCGAGGAUGAGGCGCCGGCCAUGUUCCUUCCGAUGAUCUUCACCUACCACUUGCUCUUGGUCACCAUUUACAUGGUUGCAGGCAAGUCGUAG